GGCAAUUCUCUUUUCUCUCGCAUCCUUUGCUGGAACAGCAGGAGAGCUUUAGUGCCAUGAAAGACUAAACUGUCCUCAGGCUAUAAAGGGCUUGAGUCACAAACCACUUCCCCCAACACACACAGAGUUUUCUAUUAAUUCAGGACCUUCCAAAACUGUCCUAAUGUCUCCUCACCUGUUGGUUCUGAAAACCUGUUGAGGGUCAAGGCUUAAGUUAAGGGAGGUGACAAAACAUAUGGGAUUUGCUCUAAACAAAGUAGUUCUAGACUGAUGUGGUCAGAACUUCUCCUACUUUUAAGUACUGAGCUUCAUUUCCAUGAACUUAAACCAAAGGAAGUAGUUGCCUAAGAACAACUGCAUCAUUGAGACGCAACAGUAAUAUCUAAGUGCAUGCAUACCAAAGAGUGGAAAAUAAUCAUAUCAUGAAAAAGCACAGCAAUAGUGGCAUGAACAGGCAGCCUCUAAAGCUCAGAAAUAAAUUCUUGUCACUACAGCCCCUAUCAGUACAGUGACCAAGAGGGAGCUGCACAUGUCUUGUUCUCCAGAGCAAUGCUGUGCUCUCUGGUUUCUUAAAGGGAUUUUUAGAAUCGAAAAUAUUAUGACCACUUUUGAGCACAUGCAGCCUCUUUAAAUGUUUUCCUCUUUAUUAAAGCCUUGGCCCUUUGUUAUUUUUUUUUUUUUCUUGCAAGUUAUUUCAUUUUUCAUUUCUUAAACCUCCCAUGCAACAACUAUUUUGGCUUUUAAUGAAGGGAAUUUUUCUGCAUCCAGCAAACUAUAAACCAUGUCGCUUGGAUACAGCAAAAGCUGAAAUUCCACAGAUUUUGACAAAGUCAUACAUUGUGUUGUGGAGAAAGUGUGCUGGGCAUUCUUUGAUAUUUGUGUCCUGCAUUAGCAUUUGUAACAAGAAAGAGGAAGAAAGGGGAAAGUAAGAGAAACAGAAGAAAGAAAGAGAGAGAAAUAAAGAGAGAAAGAGAGAAAGAGAGAAGGAGAGAAAGAAAGAGAGAAAGAAAGAGAGAAAGAAAGAAAGAAAGAAAGAAAGAAAGAAAGAAAGAAAGAAAGAAAGAAAGAAAGAAAGAAAGAAAGAAAGAAAGUAAGAAAGAAAGAAAGAAAGAAAGAAAGAAAAAAAGAAAGAAAGAAGAAAGGAAAAGAAAAGAAAAUAAAGGAACAGAAAGGAAAAGAAAGGAAAAGAAAGGAAAAGAAAGGAGAGAGAAUGAAGCUGCUGUGAUGAACGCAACAUAUGACCUUUUCUUUUUGAAAGUUCGUGCUGUCCCUCUUGUUUAGCACUAGUGCUGCUCACCCUUUCUCUUCAAGACGCUUCGGAGUUGUUAAGCAUCUAGGGGUGAUAAUUUGACUUUCAGCUAAACCGGAGGGCUGCAGCAGACAGCAGUAGGUGGUGAUGUAAUAGGUACCAACGCACAUGGAUAUAUAAAUAUCGUGGCUAGGGCUAAAGCGCUAUGGCUGAGCAGCUAUAGAAGAAGAUCAGCACUUCAGACAAGACUCCUGGAGUUGAGAUCAAGUUCAGAAGCUCUUGCUCCCGGGAUUUUGCUCUCCAUGCAGCCAGCUCAGGGAAACCGCAGAUUCUCGGGGGACUGAGCGCGGGGCUCCCUCCCUCCCCCGUCGCCUCGCUUUUUUGGGUUUUGUUUUGGUUUUUUGUUGGUUUUAUUUUUUUUUUCUCCCCCCCCCCUCUCCCCUUCCCCCUCCCGCCCCGCUUUGACCUCGGUAUAAAGUGGGAGCUGGGGGGUGAGCGUAUUUUCGGAACGACCGCCCGGCGGCCCGUGGCUCCUCGCCCCUAGCCGGGAUGCCUCUCCCCGCGGCGCUGCUGCCAGCGCUGCUCCUGGGGUUGCUGUGGCCGGGGGCGGUACGUGGCCGGUCCCCCCCGGGUCACCUCUCGGUCGGGCCCCGCCAGCGCCGCUGGGACGCUGCUCUGUUCGCCCGUUCCGUCGCUCGCCUCCCGGCCGAGCGCCGCGACGCCUCCCGCGACGGCGACUACCUCCUGGGCAUCAAACGCUUGCGGCGUCUCUACUGCAACGUGGGCAUCGGUUUCCACAUCCAGGUCCUGCCCGACGGACGCAUCGACGGGAUCCACAGCGAGAAUCGCUACAGUCUGCUGGAAAUCUCCCCCGUCGAAAGAGGAGUGGUGAGCAUAUUUGGUGUUAGAAGUGGACUCUUCGUGGCCAUGAAUAGCAGAGGCAAACUCUACGGAUCUACUCAUUUCAAUGACGAGUGCAAAUUCAAAGAGAUUCUCCUGCCAAACAACUACAAUGCUUACGAAUCCAGGAUUUAUCCCGGGAUGUACAUAGCCCUGAGCAAAAAUGGAAGAACAAAGAAAGGCAAUAAAGUGUCUCCCACAAUGACAGUGACACAUUUUCUUCCUAGAAUCUGAGACAUCUCCCUUCAGACCUACCUCAGUACAGGGGAAGACGCAGAACGCAUUUGGGGAAAAGAAACAUGGUGCACUUUUACUGGAGAGUUUUAUGCAAGAGUAGGUGUAAGAUAUUUAAGUUAAUUAUUUAAAAUCUGUAUAUAUUGCCACAAAAUUUAUUUAUAGUUCAGAUUUAAAAAAAACCCAAACCUCCUGAAAACAAAACAAACCUCCAACCCAAGGUAUUUCAUUUCAUGGUGCAACAGUAGAAUCCUUCUGCUUUGUGGUUUAUUUAAUUCAUUUCUAAGUUAUCACAGGUGUGCUGCUACUCCGUGUCCUAAACCAGGUGAAACUCAAUUCCUGCAUUACGAUGUUUUGCACUGUUUGUGUGUUGUGCGGUGUCUACAGUUGUGCGCGUGUUUAUGUGUUUGUUUGUUAUGGUGCCUUCAUUGUCUUCUGUGUGUUUUCCAAACCCCCGUGACUCCCCAAGCAGCUCUUGGCCCGGGAGCGGUGGCGGAGGUGCCGGCUGGGAUGCCAGCACGGAGCCACACACAAUGCCUGACCCCUUUGUGCCGCGCUGCUAUUCCAUCGCAACAGGAUCGGUUUACCUCAGUACAGAAAGAGCGGUGCUGAAGAGCUACCCCACAAAUCUGUUUUUAGAUCUGCCAGUGCUGAACUUUGAACUUUUCUGCAGUCAGUCUUAGAGCUGACGGGCAGGAGAGAGGUUUAAACCCCUAUAUAAACUCAGCAGGGUUGUUUUUUCUUGGUUUUUUUUUUUUUUUUUUCAAUUUAGGAGCGUACGAUCUUUUCUGGCCCUUAAUUGAAGCUUAUAUUCAAUAUAAUUACUUGGCAUUAGGCUAGAAAAACAAAAAGUGUCUGUCCCUCCCUCAAUGAGCGCACUGUGCAACACGCUGUUGUGAAUGAAUUAGGUUUUAUUCAAAUCAAAUUCCCUUUCACAUUUGGAGACUACAUUCAUUUGUCAAAGUUUGCGAAACUCUAUAACACUCCUAAGUUUUUAAAAGGCAAAAGCUUUUGCUGAUUAGUAGAAAACACAAGCUCCACAGAGAGAAUUUAGAUUGAUUGCGAGCGUCUGAGGUUGUUUUGUACUAUUUAUUAUUUUCGGUGCAGUAUUUGGAAGGAGAAAUAUGCUGCUUUUUUUCUGUCUCAUUCCCUGACAAAGUUGAUUGAUUAAUUUCUACCUCACUAAUUCUCAAAGCCAGUCUCCUAACAAAAUCUGCAUGGAAGGAAGGUACAUGCUCUCCUGCUUGGUCUUACAGUUCUGGAGCAGGGCCUGGGGGAACAACCAUCAUCCCAAAUCUCUCCUUUUUUCCAUAUGUAGCCAAAAGUAUUCAGGAUAGAGUUGGUUUCAUCCUAUUUGAGCCUUGUCACGUUUGAGCUAUCUUUACCCCCUGGUUUACUUUUAGUAAGGAUAAUCAUGGUGAAAAUAUUUGCAGACAGCUGUCAGGCUGCAGUACUAUAUCGUCAUCAAGUAACCCUAUAUUUUUCUUUAUAUAUUUUGCAAGUGUAACUCAUGUGUCUAACGUGAUGAAGGGAAAGACAGGCUCGAUUAUGGGGUAAUCACUAAAAGGAUCCAUUCAUCCUUUUUACUUUCUUUCUUUUCUUUAAAAGAGGCAUCAUCUUUGAGGCAUCAAUAGGCUGACUGGUAACCAGGACUAACCACAAGUUUUGAUGGCUUUAGAGGAUGUUUACAGAUCAUGCUCCAAUCUAAACUAUUCUUUCUGACUACAUGUACAUCUGAGUUCAGCUUAUUUCUUUACAUUCCUACACAAAACCCUUUGUUGCUCUGUAGUGUAAUAGACUUGCCUUUAUCUUCUACUUAUACGUGACCUCAAAGACAAUAUCUACUCACCAAAGUUCAGUAAGACCAGAGCAGACCAGAACCAGAUCUUAAGCCAGCUGCUGUCAAAGCAAAAAUAACAAUUAAGAAAAAGGAAGCCAAAUAAUGAGAGAAGGCCUAGAAAAUGUCACACCUAAAUAUUUUUAGAUUAUUUUUUUCCUGUAAUUUGGCGGACUUCUGUACUUUCUAUGUUUUCUAUAUGUGAGUAAUUGUUGUGUAAUUAUCACCACUACCUCUGACAACUGCUGAUUUUGUUCCAGAUUUCAGACAGCAAAAGCAAAUCACAGAUAUUUUCUCUGGGAAUGGUUCUUCUUUGUCACUUUUCACUCCUUUAGAUCCACAACCAACGGCCUCACAUGAGAUACGUUCGGAGGUAGUUGUUGUAACUUUGAAAUAUUGUGAUAAAACCUUGAUAACAAUGUUACAUGGUAUGAACUUUCACCAUUUACCAGAAUCUGUCUGUAGUUUUAUACAGGUGCUGUUCAAGACUGUGGUGUAUGUGCUGUGCACAUUUAAAUGCAUAAUAAAUGAUAA